GUAUUUCUUUCACAAGGCAUCCAUCUCGCAAGAAUCAUGAUCAUGAAAAAGAAUCUAUUCAACAUGAAUGAAGAUGAGGAAGCUGAUGAUGAAAGUAAGACAAAAAAUAGUGCACGCUCGAGCAAUAGCAUAGUUGAAGAAGGUGAGCAAAAGGCAAGUUCAACUGGGGUGCGGCCAUAUGUAAGAUCAAAGGUGCCUAGGCUGCGAUGGACCCCUGAACUUCAUCUUUGUUUUGUUCGAGCAGUGGAGAGACUUGGCGGUCAGGAGAGAGCAACUCCAAAACUGGUCUUGCAACAAAUGAACAUCAAGGGUCUUAGUAUUACUCAUGUCAAGAGUCAUUUGCAGAUGUAUCGGAGCAAGAAGAUAGAUAAUCAGGGUCAAGGUACUACUGUUGACCAUACAAAAAUGUGUCCUGAAUUUAUAUCUUCAAUGUCUAAAACUUAAAACUACUACCUUUUCAUAUGGUAUGACAGUUACAAACAACAGACAUCUUUUGGGAAGUGUAGAUCACCUUUCUCGAAAUCUUUUGCAUCAGUCCAUGCUUCAUGAUCCAAGAGUGAUCAGGUAUAGAUUGAUAAAACUGCCUUACUAUUUUUGCUUCAACAGAUUGAGUUUUUAGUUCUUUUGUAAGCAUAACAUAUCUGUCAACAACAUAUAUAGUGAUAUUUCACGGAGUACUUUUCGUGGAAAUCAAAUGUCUGAGCCUUACUUGACGAAUUGCGUAAAUAGUACUAGAAGGGAAGCUGGUUUUCGUAGUUCAAGCAUGAGUGAAGAACUUGUUUCAAACGCAAGGA